GGAAUCUUGGGUGCGUCAAUCAUGGACCCCUGGUUUGUGAUGGCAACUCUUGCGACUGUGCGCCCAAUGGCCAAAAUCACCCAUGUUUCCCCCCCCUCCCCCAUGCUGUCUGUAUUCCCAAGUUGUUUUUUCUCACCUCCAGGACCAUCUCGCGUACCUGUAUCGAUCUGAUCUGGUUGCGUCCCCCUUCUUCAACAGUGCAGCGUGCCGCAACGCCAACCUGGAACCGACCCGUGCAGCGGCCUACAUAACCAGAUCGCGAAAUAGCCAACAGGUGUGGGCUGCUGUGCCCGAGACCUGCUUCCUGCUGCGCCAAACGACCGCGUGGCUUUCUUAUUGUUACCUAUAGGAGACUCUCUCCAGCCAAUUCUCGUCGUGAGACCAGAGACCGGAAUCGUCCAGCGAGCUACACCAAUGGAUGCGUGAAUUGCUGGAGCUCGACCGCCAGCCGUCUUACACCGUCCAAGCCAGGACCUGCGAGACCGUACUGUCGAACCUGUCAGCCGCGUCGAUUUGGCCUACUCCAACCACCGUUGCCGUCCAAUCCUAGACACCGCCCGUCUAGCAGCCGGCCGACCGCAUUCCCUCAGUAUUAUUCUUGUGUGACCGAAGGCGGAGAAAGCAGUAGGCGCCUCGGAUGCGCGGCGCUGAUCUUGUACUGCCUCGUGCCGUUUUGUCUCUUGUCACUGUAGCAUCCUCCUGCAUCAGUAAAGAGGAAGCAGCAGCAGCAGCAGCGGCCCUGCAGUUUGGAAGCUGCAACCGAUUCCGCAAUUAUUGUUGCUGCCGCCACUCCCACUAACCGUCGACAUGUAUUCCUCUAUAGACUCGGCCACCCCCCGGUCCUCCUCGGGCAUGGCCUCCCCCCAAAGAAUUCCCUCUUCACGAUCGAGGGCCCUGAGCAUAUCCAGCGACCGGCCGUCGACCGUCGCACACAGCUUGAUGUCGCCCCCUUUGACAGUGUCACCUGAACCGGCCUUCAUCGCCGCCUCAGCUGCUUCGCAAAUUGUCACCAACGAUCACGACAGCCAUGCUGAAGCCUGGUACGAUCAGCAUGGCAUUGAGCCAUCGGGCGAGACUGCAGCCGUGUCGCCCGCCGCCUUGCAGCUGGUCAACAGCUUUCUCGAUCAGCUGCUCUUUAAUUUUCUCUGCGUGUCCCGCUCCACUGCCCUCUCUGCUUUGCGUCCGGCCGUGUCCGAAGUGCUGAAGCCAAAGCUCGCCAAGGAUGCCAUAAACCAGGCCGACGAGGAACUUCGCGAGUAUCUCGGAGGCGAGGAGGAGCUUCCUGCUGAAGCCCAGGGGCAGGACCCUGUUUCCGCAAGCGAUUGGGACGUUGAACUGGUGUGGAAGCGGAGCCGCCUGCGGUGCAUGGUGUAUUCGUCGCUCGGGGACAUGGAGGAGGAGGACGAGGACUAUUACACGGAGCAGGGCCAUCUCGAGACGGGAACCGACGACCGGCUGUCCGAGGCCGUGUCUCCUGCAGUCGCCAUCUUCCUGACGUCGAUACUGGAAUUUAUGGGGGAACAGGCCCUCAUUGUGGCCGGUCAGGCUGCUUAUCACCGCAUGCGCGUGAAAUAUGACAAGGAGCUGAAAGAGGGCCUGCGGAGCCCGACGGGGGUUGCCGACAAAAUCGUGGUGGAGGAGCUCGACAUGGAGCGGGUCGCCCUGGACCGCACGCUGGGCCGAUUGUGGAGAUCAUGGAAGAAGAAGAUUCGAACUCCGACCGCUGGCACCAUGGAGCGUCUGGCCAGGUCCUUUUCGGGUGAUUCGACGCGUGGGGCAGGCCACCUGCGGUCCCCCAGCAGCACGGCGGAACUGAUGGUUCCAGCCACGGUCCUGGAGCCAGACGCCGCUGUCGAGGGCGAAGUCGAGAAUGUUGCGCAAGAGACAAUUGAAGGGGCCCAAGAGCUCAUGGAGGACGAAUAUCUGACAGCGGCGGCGAUUCCGCUGCCAAUGGGACCAAAUGAUGUGGAGGAGAUCGAGGUGCCCGGACUGGCGCCCACCUACGAAGAAGACGAGGAAGAGAAGGCCGCUGUUGGACAAAGCGAGCAGCAGCCCGCCCGGCCCAAGAGCAUGAUUAUACUUCCGCUAGCUACCGGACUGCUCACCCCCGCAUCGUCUCGACCGCAAACACCAAUUGUCGCACGUCGCAAACGCUCGAACUCGCUGCCGACUCCAAUCACUACUCCUUACCUCUCCCCGAUCGAAGCCCCCGCUGCGCCUUUGGACGAGAACCAGCCGAUAGACACCUCUGAUGCUGCGGUGGAGGAACAAGUCCAGCCGUCAGAAGAGACUGCUGUCCAGAUCCAGGUCGCCCCCUCAGUUGUCACUCAGCUCGAAACCGUCGAAGAGGACCGGAUUGAUGAAGAGGAGGAGGAGGUCUCGAUCGAGGAGCCUCGUAUCAUUAGGUCCUCCCGCGUCUCGAUCCUGGGAGGACGGAAUCCGUCACCAACAUUCUCUGAAAAUGGAAAACCGACCAUGAUCAACACAAACCUGCCGGUGAGGUCACCGAGCAUUCACUCGGCAAGGUUGAUCGAAGUCACCAGCCCUCGGAGCCCGGUGGUGACGUCUGCACGCAACUCGCUGGUGGCCACAGACUCGUCUCGCGGACCCAGCCCCUCCCGUCUGAGCGGCGCUGAUACUCCUCCUAUUCCAGACGAGCGCCCGCGCCGUUCUCCGGACAGCGUCUCCCGUUCCCGACUCUCUGUCAACUAUGCCCAUCGUUCAGGGCUGGCAGCGAACGACCUGGCCUCGGAGACUGAGAAUGACUAUGCCGUGUCCCCUGUCACCCCCAUCAGCCCUGGCAGCGGCAACAACAACGGCCUACCAGUGAUUCUGGAAGCCACAUCGAGAGAGCAUCGCGAAAUCGAGAGCACAGCUGACGAACAGCAAAACCCCAUAUCUGCUGUCCCUGUCAAUGCCGAGCGUGCUACAACACCGUCCUCGCAGAAGGCGCUCACCAAGGUUACCAUAUUGCCAUCUACGUCUUCGUCUCCAUCGAGACCAUCGACUGCGGCGAGCUCAACCUUCUUUAUCGAAUCGAUGCCUGUGCUGGCCGAGGGAAAAGCAGCAAAAGACAAACACCAGUGGGCCAAGCCCACAAACUCUCGGCCGUCGACAGGCACCACACCGGCGCCCGCUGUCCCCGAGCGAAGUGCCGGAAGACAGGCCGUGGCAAACACAUCAGCCCAACGCCAACCGGCCACCAUUGGCCAGGUGUCGGUGGAGAGAUCUCGCAACGAUAGUGGUCUUGAAGCCCCCGGGGCGUCUUCCAAGCAGCAACGCGGCUCAGGCUCACCCGGGUCAACCAAGAUCAAGCCUGUGCGAACCCCGGAAGAGGGAAUGCAGGCACGUAUUGAUGUGGUGCGGAACUUUGAGGAACUCAUCCAGAGCGACCAGACUAUCCAGUACACACUGACUCCUGAAAACAUGCGAGACAACAACUCCCAGUCAUCAACACGGCAAAAGGGUUCUGGGAGUCCCGUCAUCUCGGUCAAGACCAGGAAGAGUGAGGACGCGCGCCAAAACACGCCGCGGUCCCGCUCGUCGUCGGCGGCCAGGCCUGGCGAAAUGGGUGCCUCUGGGUCCAACAACCCACGUUCGGUGGGACAUGCUCACCAGUCGAGCGACACCCACCACAGUCUGAGGAGCUAUCCCACAAGCAGCAGCAAGCAUGGAGGCGUGGUGCCGCGGUCGACUCCACCGGGCCCGUCCAAGCCACGUGGAAACAUACCCCAAGCCCGGGACGCGAGAUUGCCUCGAGAGUCGAUGGCAGAAUUUGCGGAGUUCAUCCGCUCCACCGGACCCCCCGGCGGCGGCGCGGCUCCUGUCAAUGCGCUCGCUGGGCCCGGUGGCUCGCGAAAUCCGGGCAUGGUGUCAAUGGCUAGCGUGGCCUCCAGCAAGGGAUCCAUGACGAGCAACCCCAACAGACCAAGGCUUCAGGCACGUGAUGCCGCCGUGGACUACAAGGAUGACAACUCUGACCUGAUCGAUUUCAUCCGCCGCGGUCCCCCGAGCCUCAACCCGCGGAUCCCCAAGGCUGUUGCCCCUUUCCGAACCACCAUGGACUCGGAUCAGAUGUCGGGAGCCGUUGGCGGUCGGGCCGUCGACGCCCACCUCAACGAGGCCGAGAUGAGGGGCAACGACUCGACCAGCUCGGUCCCCCCUUCUAUUCAGUCGUCUAUCAACUCGCAGAGCGCCCUCCUAGCCGGAAGAAACAAGCCUCUCCCCACCUCGCACCCUGCCCCUACGCCCAACGAGAUGGACUUCGACAUGCCGAUACCCAAGCGCAAGACUCGGCGCGUUCGCGACCCAUAUGCCAUUGACCUCAGCGACGAGGACGAGAUGAUGCUCGAGGAGGAGCUAACGCCCAAACCCAAACGACCAGCGGCCAAGGAGGAGAGUCUGAUUGACUUUCUGAACAACUAUGCCCCACCGCCCGAGCCAACUGUCUUGCCUUUUGCCACCCAAGAGACCCAAGCAGCGGCAGCUGCGCGAAACAAGCCCAAGAAGAAGUCGAGCUCGGCGAGCCUGAUGGCUAGGUUGACGAGGCGUGACAGCGGACAGGGUGGCGGACUAGGUUCUGGCUUCAUGGGUGGGCCCAAGGUUGCUCAGCUUCCUGCAGCUGAGUCCAGAAGUCUGAGCAGCCGGGCUAGCGCCGGUAUGGGCGGGACAAUGGGUGGAAGAAGCUAUACCCCCCUUCAAGUGGCGCCCAACAUGAGCUCGAAGGCAGCAGCCAUGAUGGGCGGUGGUCCACCCCCCAGUAUGGCCAACCAGCCGCCGGUGGGAGGCAGCGGACGGGUCCCGAUGAAGAAAUUUGAGCCACGCGACGCUGUUUCGGUGCCUUCCCGAGGUACUUCUGACCUGGCCGACUUUCUCAAGCACUCGGGUCCUCCGCCAGGCAUGACAAUGGCAGCCCCAUUCCCAGAGCCCAUGUCCCCUGAACAUCGCCGGCGGGAAUCGAACAGUAUCUCAAAGGUCUUUGGAAGGAGGAAAAAGCCGAGCAUUUCUUGAUUUAUUUUUUUCUCAUCUAUUUUCUAAUUUUCUUCUUGUUGCUCGUUGGCGUAUCCGUGUACACAUGCUCUCUUGGUUUUGUCUUGGAUACAUUGUUGGUAUUUUCUUGUACACACAUUUUAGGGACAGACAUUUAGCGGAAACAGUUACAUCACGUGGAUGGAAAGCUCAAUCUUGGUUUGGAUGGAUUUAAAAACAUAUGAAACCACACCUGCUAGGUGUGGUUGGAGGGGUUGGAGCGUGCAGCAAUACAAUCAUGAACCACAACGUCUGGGUCCUAAUCUGUGCACUGAUUCUGAUC